AAUUUGCAACAAAAUUAUCUUUCCUCUGUGUGCACGCGGACGCGCACGCGCCCCGCAACUACGUCACACAUGGGGAAUGCAGUGCGGAGCUGCCGCUGCUGCUAAAGGCCUCUCGGUAUCCGUGACAAAAUGAGACCGAAGGAAAGAAGAGAAUCACUGUAACGGUGCUGUAAAAGAAGCCUGCCAUGUCUGGUCCCACUUGGCUGCCCCCGAGGACUCUGGAUAGCCCAGAGCGAGCCGUCCCCCAGAUGUCCCACUCUGCCGGGGCAGCGAUCUACCGAGCCCCCAACAAGAAGGGCACGUCUGACUUUAGGCCAAAAUACGGUCCCUAUGACCAGAAUGGAGGAGAAGGAAUGACCAACAGGUACAUGGCGACUGAACACACAGGUGGCCCUAUUCAUCACUCGCCUGGCGAUCACUACUACUCUCCUCCCCAUGGUCCCAAAGAAGACCGCAACUGGAGCCCUCACAUGGACAGCUACGAACUGAUGCAUCGUGGCCCUGAAAAGCCGGCAAGCUAUCACUCCAAAAUCGAUGCCGAUAUUGACUCCCUCACCAGUAUGCUGGCUGACCUGGACAGCCACCCACAGGACUCCAGCACGCAACUCUACGACAAUGUGCCUUACAACAAAUACCUCUCAGGGGAUCACUAUAAGCCUGCACACCAGAGCGCAGCCCCUCCUCAGAGCCGGCCAUCCAUGGGCUACAACCUUCAUCCACAGAGCCAGUACCACCCGGCUCCUCUCUACCCCAGCGAGCACCAGACACCUCAGUACUCCACUUCCCACCAGCAGGACUACUACUCCUCUUCAAGCCCUAAACCUUACCCUCAGCCCGUUCCAGCGUCCUAUACCACUGCCUCAACUCCCACCGGGCCCAGGUUCAGCGUCCAGGUCAAGACAGCACAGCCUGUCACCUAUUCUCAGACAGGGAGGCAGGCUGAACAGGCCUACACCCCGCCUCCUCCUCGCCAGCAUGUGUCACGGCCUCCACCCCAGACUCAGACGGCUCCACAAGGCUGGUACCCGCCGCAUCCCAGCUCGCCAGUUCAGGAGAUGCACUCUGAUGGGGGGUACAAAGGGAGCAGCUCAGGGUCUGGAGGAAGGGUUAACCAGGCUCCAGUGUCCAAGAGAGGGAUGGAAAAUAAUCGGCCGGGGUCUGGAUCUGCACAGAGUCCUGCUUAUCAGUCCAGCAAGCAGGGGAUGCCAGCUUCGAGGCCUGAGGAAGAGCUGGAUCGACUCACCAAGAAGCUGGUGUACGACAUGAACCACCCUCCUGCAGAGGACUAUUUUGGCCGCUGUGCCCGCUGUGGCGACAACGUGGUCGGUGAUGGCAGCGGCUGCAUUGCCAUGGAGCAAGUGUUCCACGUGGAGUGUUUCACGUGCAUCACUUGCCACGCACGUCUCCGAGGGCAACCCUUCUACGCUCUUGACAAAAAGAGUUACUGCGAGAGCUGUUACAUUAGCACACUAGAGCGUUGUUCAAAGUGCUGCAAACCCAUUCUGGAUCGCAUCUUGCGGGCCAUGGGAAAAGCCUACCAUCCUCGCUGUUUCACCUGCGUGGUGUGUAACUGCUGCUUGGACGGGGUGCCCUUCACAGUGGAUGCCACGUCUCAGAUACACUGCAUAGAGGACUUUCACAGGAAGUACGCCCCUCGCUGCUCAGUCUGCGGUGAGCCCAUCAUGCCUGAACCAGGGCAGGAGGAGACUGUCAGGAUUGUAGCUCUGGACCGCAGCUUUCAUGUCAACUGUUACGUUUGUGAGGAAUGCGGCCUCCUGCUGUCGUCUGAAGGCGAGGGUCGAGGCUGCUACCCGCUGGACGGCCACAUCUUGUGUAAGAGCUGCAGCGCUCGGCGCAUCCAGGACCUGUCGGCCAAAAUCUCCACUGACUGCUAACAAAAUCUCCUGAAUCUGCUCGACCAUUACAGCCUUUUCUUCGUCACAAACCCACGCUCGGUCGACUCAUUAAGACAGGAAACGCCCCUGCUUUGUUCAGACUCGUGAGCUACUUUUUUCCCCCCAUGGUUGCUCUGGUCACAAGCCAGCCGACAUUACUGUAGUUCCCUCUGUUGGUCUGCAGAUGCAAUUUUCUUUAUUAAUGUUACUGAUUCAGAUAUUAGAGUUGUGUUGGUGUAACUGCAUCACUAGUGUGUUUUCAUUGGAAUUUCCCUACUUUUUUUGGUACAUUAUUUCUCACGUUUAGCUCAGUUUCAGUACGACAGUGGCCUGACCUGCAGGCAGCUUGGGCUCCACUUACCAUGAAUCCACAGCGGUACUGCUCACAUAUUAGCUUGCACAUUAUCAACACUUGGACCGUCACUGUCACAGACGAUGGAGGGAGUGAAGGAUACCACAGAUUAAAGACUGAAGAUGAGACUUUUUGCGGAUGAUAAAUAGGAUGAUAUCAACGUGCUAAACUGUUUCACAACGAGCAUAUUUAAAGCACACAAUACAGCUACAACUGUCGAUAACAGGAUGGAAGUUUUGGAACGCAUGUAGCCUUUAGUGCAGUGAAACUUGCAGUGAAGUAGCCUAGUAGAACAAGAAAUGUAGACGAAAGGAAUGUGUAGUUAACUCGACAAGCAAGAUGUUUAUUUUCUUUAGCUUUUGCUAAAUGCUAGGACUGUACUUGCUAGCUCGGAUCAUCCAAACACUACGGCAUCGCAUUUUGUUGUUGUUGUUGUUUUUUUUAGUAAUAACAGGAUUUUUGCCAUCGUUGAAUGUCUACAAAACACAGUCUUGCUUUCGGUAUUGUUUAAUAUUCGUUGCUUUGGUCGAUACUUGACUGUUACGUUGAAGAAGAUGGUGCAAUGAAGUCAAACGUUAUCUUUUUGCCUAAUGGAAAACAGGGUGUCGGUCAUUUAUGGAGCAUCCUGUUGUGUAAAGCUUGAGCCUCAUGUGAAGAGUUUGUAUGUUUGCCAUUCGGGGAAAUAGUAGCACUUGCUUCUAUAAAUCUAUUUCUAGUUUAAAAGGGUAAAGAACUCAUGAAUUUAUGUUCGGGAUGAUGAAUGUUGAAUUUAACCCGAUAACAGACUUUCCCCUUAAAAUGGUUCUUUGUUAUAUAUUACAACUCUUCACUUGUGAAGCUAAUUUUGUUCGUCUUUGCACUCGUGUGUGACACUCCGAGACAUUUGGAGCUACAGUAUUUGUUGCGAUUGUGUUUAACCUCUGUCUUUCCGUCCGCAUUUUGUACGUGUUUAAAGGGCUAGAAAUUUGAAAGCCUUACCUCAAGGAUGUCAUUCGGUUUCAUAAUGAUCCCUUUGAAACUGGGUUUUGUCUGUGAAUUCUGCUUAUUUUGUGACGGACAUUGAUCAUGCUAAAACAUCUCUUGUUAAUUUAUCUCGUGAUGUAUAUACUGCUUUUUAGCACCAAGCAUUUCAUUAUUACUCAGAUGUCAAUUUAAUAUCCUGAGUCAUGCCAACGCUUGUGUCAUACUCCUUAAAUCGCGUAGUUUUGUUUCUGUUGCAGUCAUCCGUUAUCAUCCCUAUUGUGUGUCUUUUUAAAAUGCUGUGAAUUGGAGCUUGAAGAUUAAAGUCGUCCACAAUGCUGCAGCAAACUUCA